GUUCAUGUUUCAAUGAUUCACUUUUUAUUGUUUUAUGAUAUUUCUACACGAUCAAAAGUCAGAAACGAUAAAAUUGUUUAAGAUAUCAUUUAUUUUACAUAUUACAAAAUUUUCAUAAGUUGACAGUUUGUUUUGACAGCUGUUUUAGACAUUUAAAGUCCGAAGCAUCUUUGAUCGUGGGUUACACUACACCAUUAUCUGAAUUUUAUCAAUAUUUACAGACAUACUGUUAUCACUGCCAACACCUAGUCCCGGUACCAGAAUGUUUGACAACUUAGACCCUCGGUUAAAAAUACUACUUGGUGUUGCCGGCUCACUUAGUGCCAAGUAUGUAAUUGGUGCGCUGAUGAAGCAAAAGCGGGAUGACAGGUUUGAGUUGGUAGGCCAUGUGGACCAGCUGAUCUGCUACCCGGUGAAGUCAUGCCCUGGAAUCAGUGUACAGGAGGCCUACUGUUCAGAGUUUGGUCUUAGGGUGGAUUGGGUAACCGACAGGCACUACAUGAUAACAAGGCCAAAUGGUCGCUUCCUGUCUCAGAGACAGGAGCCGAGCAUGGCACUGAUCAGUGUGAGCAUCACGCCAAAAGGGGUUGAACUGAGGGCCCCAGACACCAGACCCCUACUCUUGCCAAAGCUUACAUCGAAACAGGGACAGAAUGUGAUCAGCGUGAACAUAUGGGAGGUUGAACGUGAUGCUGUAGACUGUGGGGAAGCCGCCGCCCAAUGGGUCUCCAGUUACCUCGGAACAGUUGGUUAUCGUGUUGUCUGCUACACCCACGACCUUCCCAAGUCAUACUACAUGACCUUUCCAAAACCAUGGACUACCCGAGCACUUGAAACAGAUGCAACAGGUUUUGCUGACUGGGCCACCUACUUGGUAGCAACGAGUGAAUCUAUCAAUGCUGUGAACAAACAACUAAAGGGCAAACCCGUCACUGUAAGAACCUUCCGACCAAACAUCCUCAUUGCAGGCACUGAUCCCUGGGAAGAGGACACAUGGGAAGAAGUGAUUAUUGGUGCGGAUGUUCGAAUGAGGUGUUUGGAUGCUUGUGCUAGGUGUACGCUGACCACUGUGGACCCAGAAAAAGGGGAGAGAAGGGCAGACGGGGAGCCAUUGAAAACUCUGAAGAGAAUACGCUCUAUUCCUCCAUACAAUAAAUAUGAUGAAUGCGUGUUUGGUGUGAACACAGCCCCUGACAUUUGUGGGAUAGUCAAGGUUGGAGACCCAGUCUACGCCAUCAAGACUACCAGCCUGUAAUAACACUCUGAUAUUUUUGGCUUUCAAAGAGACUCUUUCAUAGAUUAGCUCCAAAAUGAAUUAUAUAUCAAAUUUACAUUGAAACUGUUUUCAUUUAGAAUAAUGUGAUAUUGACCACCAAAGUGUACAAAUUUUCUAGCCGACCUUGUCAGUUCUGAUCAGGGAACCCUUGCAGUCCUGGUCCAGGAAAACAUUUUCUGGAAGAGUUGCAAAUGUUGCUAUGAAAGAGUCCCUUUACAGCUCAUGCAGUCUUCACCAUAAUAAGUGUUGAUAGUUGUAAUAUAUACAUGUUAAAGGACUCUACUUUUAACUUGCACUACUUUACAUUUACAAUCAUUUUAUGUUUGUUAAUGUUAUUAUAUAAUGCACAUGUACCCGGUGUACUAAAUUUAGGAUAUUAAGCAGUAUACUAUGAACUUCAUACAAUUAUAUAUAUGAAUUUGAAGUUAGUCAUUUCAGUGUCUCAAUUAAAGAAUUUAUUGUUUGUAAAGGCGUGGCAAAGGCUACAUUGUCUGCAUUUUAAUUAAGCAUAAUAAUGAGUUUAUUAUUAAUCAUGAAACUUGAUUGGCAAACACUGGUGGUGCAUUCAAUUAAAUGAGAAGUGUUUCAAAAGAUAUAAAUGCUACAAAAUAUAUUUUAGAUUAUCUACCUCACAAAGUGCCAUAAGCCAUUAUAUCUCAUUUUAAAAAUGAUCUAAAGUGUAUGAAAAGUUCUAAUAAAAUAGAUUCAUGGUUAUAGUUUCUUGGACUUUAAACGUUUCAAUACAAUUUAUCUUUACCAUUUUCUUUGUUUGCAUAAUAUUAAAGUAAUAUUAUCUACAUGUUUGUUAUCAGAUAACUCAUUGUCAGGAUUUUUAUUCAUUGAUUUGUUUUAUAAAAACAUUUAAAUUGAUUUAAUGAGGUGAAAUUGAUAUUAUUCAUUUAUUUCAAUAUUAUUACUCUCUCCACAAGUGCCAAUGGAUAUUUUCAUAUAUAUCAAACAUAUCUUAUAUUUCUUUAAAGUGACACUCUUAUUCAAAAUCAAUACAUAAACAUGUAUAACAAACAUAAAUUUUGACUGAUAAACCUUAAACAACUUACUAAAUAAUACAUUUAUGGAAAAUAUUAAUUACUGAUAACAAGAUUGUAGCCGUGUAUUUAAUAGCAGAAAGCCCCAAAAUAAUAAAUGAUUGAUGAAUGCUAAAAGAUUAACUGUGGUCUACUUAAGUCUCAUAAGGCUGAAAUACUGUGUUUUAUGCUCAUUUCUUUCAAAUUAAACUCGGUAUCCUUCAUAUGAACAAUGGUUUUUGAUAUUUAUUCAUCCUUUUUGAAAUAUUAAAACAAUAUUAUUAAUUGUGGUAAAUCUUAUUUGUGAGUAAGAGUGCAUCUUUAAGGAAAUUGGUAAUAAUAAGGGACUUUUUCAUUUUCUAUAAUAAGGGCCAAUUGUACCCUAAUUUCCAAUAACUAAUUUGUUAAAGAAAUAAUCACAUCUUGCUUUAUAUUUAACCCAAAAUUUAGUUCCAAGGAUAAUUAAUGCCUCAGUCACAUUUGCCGAGGCGACUGCGGGGUCUAAAAUAUCUUCAGCCAAUAGCAAUAUGGGGCCGCGCAGCAUUCCCAUGGUCAGAUAAUGUAGCAGCCACAAAACAGGUAGCCACAUGGCAUAUUUUGAAUUUGGGGAGAAAGAUAACUUGCAGCUACCGUACGGCAUUUGAAGUGAUGGUGCACGGUGGCCUGCGGUGGCCAUAGUUCUUAUGCAAAUACCAAGGCAGUUGCAUGGCAGCUAGUCAGACCCUACCGCUACCCACCAUAAGUGUAAAAUUGCUACGGCAAACCUAGAAAUAAAAGUUUUAUCUCUGCAGUUUAAUCCCACGGCAACCCUUUCAACCUGUAAAAGAUAGGGAUAUGCUCUAGAGUGUCCCUGUGGCCACCAUAGAUCCUCUGCAACAUGUAUCUCUUGAAUAUUUUUUUUUGGAGGGGGUGGGGCAUAGGCCGCUGUAUCCUAGCUGUAGAGCAAAUGUGACUAAGGCAUUAAGGAUGAUUAAGUUAUAUGCCAUGUUGUUAGCAUAGUGGUAAAUGAAGAACACAAGAAGGUAAGCUAUGAAAGUAACAAAAUACAUCUUAUUUCCUUUAUGAUUUUUACGGCUAACUUUUUCACAAUUUCAUGAUACAAAUCACUACAAUUUCCCAGUAUAGAAAGACUAGUUCGUUCCAGCGUGUUUUUUUUCGCCCUUUGGGAAUGGGGCUCACUGGUGCCUUUCUGAUGCUAAACAAGCAUCAUUUUGACUAAAAUGUGCAUAGAAAGGGACAUUGAUGCUUAAAACACAAAUAGGUAAGAAAUAAUGUUUGUUUGUUUAAGAAUACGUUUCAGUACAAAAGACAUAGGGUACAAUUUAAAAAAAAGGUGUUUUUUUGUUUUGUUUUAAAAACCAACAAAUUUGGAAAUUUUAUAUUCAUAUUUGGGAAAAAUGUAUAAUUUAUGCUUUAGCAUUGGAAAUGAGCUGUAUUUUGUCCUUAAAUUGAUCAGAAAAACACACCUUGUCUUGUCCAGUUGUUGUUAAAAAAGUCCUGAACAUUCUUCAGCUUAUAUACACUUUACCAAUCUUUGUCAAAUGGGCAUUUGCAUAUGAAGUUCAGUUUAAUCAUUUUUUUUGUUUUUGCUUAUAGUCGCUUUUAUACUCAGUUUAUUUCAUUAUUCAGAAUUGUAUGUUAAGAGGUAUGAUAUUUAGUGUGUAUUUGACAAUUAUAAGCAUUAAUUUUUUUUACCUUCUUAAAGGGACUCGCUCAUGUUUUUUUAAAUGCACUUUUUUUAUGACAUAAUAAAGAGUGGCAAAUCAUAAGGAAUGUUAAAACUAAGAAUAUGACAGCUAAAACCCUUCAACAAAUGUUGAUAUGUUGCUCAAAUACCGUCUUUGAAUGUUGUGAUUUGAAUAGCAUUAGUAACUAAAGCCUUAAAGGUUAAAAUAUACCUCAGCUUAUGCAAGGGUACUUUUGGGUGAGUGGUUUUGUUGCCAAUUCUCUAUUUUGAUCUUGACUGUUCCGGCAUGGGUCCGCUCCCCACUAAAACCAUUUUUUUUAUUUUUUGUUUGUAUUUGUUGCUGCAGUUUCGGUAUCAAAGAGUAAUAUAAUUAUAAUAUUAGUGUUUUCUCAGAUGCAGUAGCAUGAAAACAAAUAUUGGUAAACAACAUGAGCAAGUCUCUUUAAAGGUCAAUUCCUAUAUAUGCUUCAGGGAUGAGUAUAUUUUUUUAUGCGUAAUCAAGAAUAAAAAAUAAAAAUUA